AUAUCUCUUUUUUUUAAUUAUGUAAAUAUAUUUUAUAAGAGCAUAUUUUCACGGACCCCUAAUAUUUUUGAGAACUGGUACUCUGCCUUCGGUGGUUUAUUAAUUAAUACAAAAAUGUAACCAUAGAAAUUCUAAACCGUGGUGGUGAAAAAAUGCGCAUUUUAACAAUUUCCGCCAUAGUUUUCUUAAAUUUGAUAAUUUUUGGCAUGUGUGGAUACUUAUACCUUCUUUGGUGCGAGUAUUGGCUAAAUCUAAAUAAAGCAAAUUUGGGAAGUACUGUAAACUAUGAUGAACAAAUUUACCUUUAUAACCGAGGUUAUCUCCCGACAGAGGGAAGUAAUAAAUCAAAUGCUUACAAUGCCACCGAUGUUAAGCUGAGGACUAAACAUUCAAUUAAGUAUGGAUAUGAAAAUAUUACUUUUGUUAAAAAUGGCCGUCCUCGUCUUCCCAGCAUAAGGAAAAAGCUCAUUGGGCUGGAUUCGAAAGAGUUUUUUUGUUUGACAAAUGAGACCAACAUGGACUGUAACAAAAAAACCCUAGAAUUUAAGAAAAAACUGCUUGCAGAAUUUAGGAAUGUUUUGGAAGAGGAAAGUGAUGUUUUUAAAACAAAAAAGAAUCGGUACAAUGUUACUUAUAAAGGUGUCCAACAAGAUUUUCAACAAAAAACUACUAAUCAGGUGUUAUGUGAAUUAAGGGAUGCCCAACUAAAUACCCUCAAAAGAUCUGAUAUUAAAUUUCCUGACUCUGUAAAGAAAUAUAUACCCAAACGUGGAUUUUAUGAAACACGUACAUUUAAUAGUUGUGCAGUUGUUGCUAGUUCUGGGGCAUUAAAAAACUCCAAUUUGGGUUCAUUUAUCGAUUCACACGAUGUAGUGUUGCGUUUUAAUCAUGCUCCAACAAGAGGUUUUGAAAAAGAUGUUGGUCAGAAAACCACAAUUCGUCUGGUAAAUUCGCAAGUUGUAACCCGGCCAGAGUUUAAUUUUCUGGGAUCUAUUAUUUAUAAAAAUAUAACUCUAGUGUUGUGGGAUCCUAGUAACUAUUCUUCAAAUCUAGAAGAUUGGUUGAAACAUCCCGAAUUUAACCUAUUUCCUAAUUUUAUGCAGUAUAAAAAACAGGAGAGGAAAGCAAGAGCUUUCAUUUUAAAUCCCAUUACAAUAUGGGACAUUUGGAACUUUUUACAGAGAAAUUCACCAAGCAGAUUGAGAAGAAAUCCUCCGUCAUCUGGGUUUCUAGGAUUGCGUCUUUUGCUGCCAGUUUGCAACACUGUUAAUGUAAUGGAAUAUGUGCCAUCAACCAGGUUGACCAAGAGAUGUCAUUAUUAUGAUCCAGAUGAAAACCCAGCAUGUACAUUUGGUGUGUGGCACCCAUUGGCAGCCGAGAAACUUCUUUCUUACUAUGUAAAUGUGGCUUCCGAUAAAGAUGCUUUCCAGAAUGGCUUCAUCACCAUUCAAGGUUUUAGGAAUCUCAACUGUUGAUCUCACGUUUUAG